AUGGAUACAAGGAUGAUGCUGCUGUCAAUCGUUGUAUUAAACGCUGUCGAUUUCGCUGGAGGAAAUCGACGCAGAAACCAUCGUAACAUAAUCUGUAAUAACGGUAAUGUAAUCGGUGGCCGAUGUGUGUGUAUUGAUGGCUAUAGUGGUACUUACUGCAAUCGAGUAAUGCAUUGCAAGUUAAAUAAAUUUCGAUCGAAUGGAAGUUGCAUCGAUUGCGCGGAUGGCUGGACAGGUACUAAUUGCGACCAAAUUCAAUGCGUUCAUGGUGUGCCAGAUGCAACUGAACAAAAUUGCGUAUGUAAUUUACCAUAUAGCGGACAAUUCUGCAAAUCCUUGGAAACAUCUGAUGUUUACUCUUACUACAAUCAUAAGGUUUUUAAAAUGGGACCAAUUGGCGCUUUAUCAAUAAUACCACUUUUGGUGAUUUUGUUUGGAUGUGAACGGACAGCUAAAUCUCGAAGAAUUAAACGUGUUGAAGAACAUCUAAACGGACAGAAUAUAAUCGUUAAUCGUCGUAAAAUAUCAACAUUUCUCACCACAAAAACAAAAAGUGCCCAAUAA